AUGAAUUUCGAUCAAAUUAUUGGAUUUCUAUUAUUUUUUCUCGUGAAAACAGUAUGUGGUCAACUUGCAGCAGUUUUUUCUGAAGUAACACAAAGCGGUGAUUGUUCAAUUUGGAGCACCUGGGGACCAUGCAUAUGGCCCGAUAAGGAAUUCAAUAUGACAUAUAUGAAUCAAAUAUCUCCCAUCUGUCAACAACAUUGGUUUUAUAAGCUCAUAAACCAACGAUACGGGAAAGCAUUGCAAAGUUUUUACUCCUACAUGAGUUCUGUUCUCUUCAACAAGAGAGCAUGUGGAAUGUGUUCAUACAAGCAGAGUUGUGGUUACGGUGGCGCUAAGGAAUGUAAUCUUAGUCCAUUUGAAAUACGCGGUGGACGACCAUUUAUUCCAUUUUAUGUAUCCGAACGGAUUUGCAAUCAAAAGGAUCUUUUAGGAGUAGAUCAAAUGGACAGUUGCCAAGUAGACUACAAUAAAUUGUCGCUUAAUAGCGGAGAGUGUAAAUUAUGGCCAACUGAUGAGGUAGAUCUCAGUCAAGUUGAACCAGUUUUCCAGAAAGAAAUACGGAGGCUGAAGUGGUACGAAUGUAUUGUGCAAAACAAGCAAGAACAUGAAAAAGUAUGUCGCUGUUGCUGUUUUCCAUUCCGGCCGAACCCCAAAACUUAUCGAUGUGAGCAUAUUCCGGACGCUCCAAUAGCGCCUGGAUUGGAAAUGAAAUGA